CCCUUGUUUGAUUCAAGUGAUCGCACUUUGAACUUUGAACGUAAAAAACAAUCAAACAAUAAAUAUUUUAUUUCGAAAGUUACAGUGAAAGAAGAUAAUUACGUGAAAAUGUUGUCGCAGUUCUCUAAAUCUAGUCAUGCGUCGAUUAAAACGAUGUCUCGCAUGCUUACAAGACUGUAUUCAUCAGAUAUACCUCAAUUUGAAACAUUAGCUGUAUCCAUGCCAAAGAAACAUGUUUUUCAUGUGGAAAUGAACAGACCAAAACAGUUAAAUACAUUUAGUGUAAAUAUGUGGAGUGAGAUGAGAGAUUGCUUCAUGUCCCUGAGUGACAAUCCAGAAUGCAGAGUUGUGGUAUUAUCUGGAAGAGGAAAGCAUUUUACUGGUGGCAUAGAUUUCAACAGUCUUAUCCAAGAAGGAAACAAGAUAUCUGAAAUCGAAGAUGUAGGACGACGGGCUAGAAUGUUUGAAAAGAUGAUAGUUAGGUUUCAGAACGGUAUUACCGCUUUGGAAGACUGCGUGAAACCGGUUUUAGUGAUAUCACACAACGCGUGCGUAGGCGCUGGCGUCGAUCUUAUAACAGCUGCUGAUAUGAGGUAUUGCACACAAGAUGCCUGGUUCCAAGUGAAAGAAGUAGAUUUAGGUUUGGCCGCUGACGUAGGAACUCUACAGAGAUUGCCUAAGGUAAUAGGCAAUACAUCAAUAGCAAGGGAACUGUGCUUCACAGCUAGAAAAUUACAAGCUAAAGAAGCAUUGGAAAUUGGUCUAGUUAGUAAGAUAUUCCCGGAUCAAGAUACGGCAAUAAAAGAAGUAUUAGAAAUCGCGGAAACAAUAGCUAAGAAGAGUCCCAUAGCUGUUCAAAACACAAAAAUAUGCAUGGUCUAUUCACAGAGCAGGCCUACUAAGGAUGGAUUAGAUCAUAUUAAAUUAGUGAACCAAUUGGCUUUGCAAAGUGAAGAUUUACGGAAAGCAGCUUUAGCUCAAGCCACGAAGACUGAAACUGAAUUUGAAAAUCUGUAAAUUAAAAUAAAACAAAUAAAUAUGUAACUGAGUGGUCAUACAAAAACGAUGCUUUUUUUAGAAGUUAGUUAAGUUUUCAUAAAAAUACAUUUUUUUUCAUAAUUUAUUCAUUGUCGUAUAAAUUAUAAAAGACUUUCGGAGAGGUAAGAUUUCCGAUUCACACAAUAUAAUAAAAUGUAUUAACUCUUUGCAUCUAUAGAAUAAUUAUUAUUUAGAAUAUAUUCUAUAUAUACAGUUCUUUAUAUUUAAUCGAAAAAUAAAUUACCUUUCUGGCGUUGUUUAUAUAAUAUAUUAUGUCCCUUUUCUUUUUGUGUGACCACUUUAAAAUAUUUAAGAGUUAUAUUUAUAAUAGUCAAAUAGCGUGAAAUAUGUCAUAAAGUAUUUUUGUAUGUAGUGUUUACACAUGUGUGUUUGUAAGUCUUUACCAUAAAAAUGGCUGAGAUAACGAAUAUAUUAUAAAACUGUUUCGAUAUCAUGUGUAAUUUAAAGAAAAUAGAAUAAGCUUAUACAGUUGUGAAUUUUUUAUAUAAGUUUUAUAUUUAUUAAAAUAAGGUAACUAAUAAAACUGUUGGAUUUUUAUUGAUUUAUUCAUUUCACUAUUGUUUCUAUUAAUAAAUUGAUGAUAUUUUCAUGUUAUUUGGCGAUACAAACCUUUUAAUACAGCGCCAUCUAGUUUAAAAAUGUAGAGAUUUUUUUAGAGAAAAUUACAUACCCUUCAGAGAUUUAAUAAUUAUUUUUUGGCCUGACGGUUUUUUUCCUUACUGUUUAGAAUUUAGAUUAUGAAUUAAGUUGUAAGUCCUAACUUGAUGUUUUUCUAGUGUUAUAAUUAUUAUACAUAUUAUAAUAUUGUCAUGUCUACUAAGUAUCGGGAACCAAAUAAAACUCAACGUAA